ACUUGAUCAUCUGAUCUCCAUUCUGAAUACAACUACAGGUUGUUUGUGUCUAUGCUGCAACAGGCUGACUGUCUCCACAAUACCAAUGAACAUCUCUGAGGUUGACAGGCUGGACUACCAUGACAGUGACUCCCACCUCGAGGACAUUGCAUUUGCUGCAUUUUACAUCCUCAUUUUCGUCAUCGCUGUGCCUGGGAAUGCUCUGGCGCUGUGGGCCUUUUUCCACCAGGACAGCACAACACCGUCUAAGGUCUUCCUCAGACACCUGUCUGUAGCAGACAUCUCUUAUGUCCUCAUCUUACCUAUGCGCAUAGUUUAUCAUCUGUCGAACAGCCACUGGCCUUUUGGACAUGUUGCCUGUCAACUAGCCGGCUUCCUCUUUUACUUAAACCUGUACUGCAGCAUGUACUUGAUGAGUUUUAUCAGUCUGGACAGAUUUCUGGCUGUGGUUCUACCUCUAAAAUCACACUUAGUUAGGAAAGCUGUGUAUGCAAAGGUAGUCGUUGGGAUACUUUGGGUGGUAAUCAUUGUGUCCAUGAGUCCUAUACUUUUUUCCAAACAGGAUCUGACUAACAAUUCAACUGGCAUUUGCAACAAACUCUACUUAGAAAAGACAUCACCAACCGCUUUGGUUUCUACAGUUGUGGCGUUUGUUCUCCCCCUCACCACCAUUGUGGUCUCCUACAUCCUGAUUCUGAUGAAACUGAGGUUCAUCAGGCAACAGGAAGAACGACCUGUGAAAGAUAAAGCAAUAAAAAUGAUCAUCCUCAUCUUGAUAAACUUCCUGCUGGCUUUCGUGCCCUACCAUGUAAGCAGGGUGUUAUACAUCAAAAGUCAUAUUGGUGAUGAUAUAACUGCUGCAAGUCAUGAGUCUCUUAGGUUAGCCAAUAAGAUCACAUCUGCACUGACUUGUGUGAGCUGUGUACUGGAUCCUGUGAUGUAUUUCUUCCUCAACCAAGCAUACAGAAACAAACUGUGUCAGCUGUUCUGCAAAAAGAGAAGAGAGAGGAUAUGAUCAAUGAGCAAUCAACAUUGUGCAAUAAAAUAAUGUUUUAAAACAAAGUUGUUUUCUUUUUCUGUCUUUUAAUAAAAUGAUCUGAAACCCUUGGA